AUGGCUCCUCAGACUCAGAAAACGCCCGCUAAACAAAGAUCAAACGAGAAUAUGAAACAAAAGAGUCUCUUUUCUUGGCUGGGAAAAUCAGCACCCAGUGAAGGGAAAGCCACAUCCCACGUAAAUGUACCCAACCGUUCAAUUUCUCAAGCAACUCGGACUCCCGAAUCGAAAGCUUCAUCAGCGAAAAUGAUUCUAGCCUCUUCAGCAGUGACUAGUUCCAGGUCAUCACAUGGAAGUAGUAUCCAUGAAACACCGCCCACGAGCGACCCUAUUGACGUGGAUAUGCUCUCUGAAGACGAAGAGGAGGUUGAACCAAAACCUACUCGCAAGCGCAAGGUUAUCAUUGAUGACUCCGAGGACGAAGAAGAAACUAAAAUUGCAGCCACGAAGAAAGUCGCAAAAUCUACUUAUAGGACAUCAUCGCCAGAUAUCAAUAAGUCGUCUUCUUCUCGGAGCCGUGCAAAGAAACCUCGCAUAUGUGUUAUGCCAUCAGACGAUGAAGAUGGAGAUGAAGAGCUGUCCUCCUUUUCGUCCCGGCUCCUAAAAUACAAAAAGUCUCCCAUCAAGUCUCGCAAAUCCCAAUCUAGCUCUGUCGCUGAUGACGACGAUUUCAUUGUCCCAUCUGACGAGGACGAGGUACCCGAGCGUUCCUCUUCUCGCGCUUCUGCCCGAAGUGUUACAUCACGUCGUUCCUCUAAGUCCGCAUCCUCUGAGGUCGAUACUGAAUUAGAAGACGAAGAGGACGGGUCAAAGAAAACAAAGGCUAAGAGACCGCAAUUAAAGAAUAACACGGGUGGAAGUAGUGCAGGUGGAAGUAAUUUGUUUCUUACAGCAGCGGAGCAAAGGGCCCAGGAGAAGAAGACCGAAAAGAAAUCUGCCGAGGAUCCUUUCAGUUUCUUAGUGGACGUUAGAGAUAAAGAUGGCGUUAAGCCUGGAGAGCCUGGUUAUGAUCCUAGGACCCUGUAUAUCCCAAAGAAGGCUUGGGCCGAUUUUACACCAUUCGAAAAACAGUUGUAUGAAGACGACGCUCGUGUUGGUCACACAGAGUUUGAUCUGAAACUCACACAACGAGUAAAGAUGUCCAUGGUAGGCGUUCCAGAAAUGUCCUUCAACUUUUGGGCUGCGAAAUUCCUCGGGAAAGGCUACAAAGUUGGUCGUGUCGAUCAGGCAGAAACUGCGUUAGGUGCAGAAAUGCGCAUGGCUGCCGACAAAACUAAAGGCAAACCCAGCGCAGACAAAGGAAAAGAGAAGAUCCAUAUCCGCAGAGAGCUGAACAAAGUAUAUACUAAUGGUACCCUAGUGGAUGAGGAUUUGCUUACAGAUGAGCAAGCGGGACACUGCAUCUCAAUUCGUGAGGACACGUCGGACGUGAAGAAAGGUAGUUCCUUUGGAUUAUGCGUUCUGGAUAGUGCUACAUCGCAAUUCGACUUGAGCGCAUUUGAUGAUGAUGUUUGCAUGACCAAACUGGAGACUAUGAUGAGGCAACUGCGCCCUGAAGAAGUUAUAUUCACAAAGGGUAAUUUGUCUGUACCCACUUCUCGUCUACUCAAAGCUAUCUUACCUGCGGCUUGUCUGUGGACAAGCUUACGAGACGUCGAAGGAUUUCCAUAUGAUCAAACCAUCAAAGAGCUGAACAAUAUGUUUGCGGGAGAUGAGGAUGAGGACGUGGAUGGCGAAGAGGCGCUAAACAGUGCUGUACCCGAAGGUAUCAAGGAUAUGGCGGGAUGUAGAGAUGCCAUCGAAGCUCUUGGUGCUACAUUGUGGUAUCUGCGACAGCUCAAUAUCGACAAGGAUUUAUUCAGCAUGAAGAACUUCAAUGUGUACGACCCUUUGAAGAAGGGCCAAAAUCUGGUGCUCGAUGGCCAGACAUUGGCGCACAUAGAGGUAUUUGUGAAUGACGAGGGUACGGAUGAAGGGACUCUGCACAAAUUACUGGGUAGAUGCAUCACUCCUUUCGGCAAACGGUUGUUCCGGAUCUGGCUCUGUGUACCACUGCGAAACGUAACUGAUAUCAAUGCAAGGCUCGACGCGGUGGAAGCUCUCAUGGAUCAUGAAACCUUCGAAGAAACUUUCACAGACCUUGCAAAAGGAUUGCCUGAUCUCGAACGCAUCGUCUCUCGUAUUCAUGCUAAGAACUGUAAAAUCAAAGAUUUCAUGAAGGUUCUUGCUGCUUUCCGAAAGCUCAACAUGGGACUUGGGAAACUCACAGACAGCUCUGAGACGUUCGAGUCUAAAACUAUUACCAGUCUCCUUAGGUCUGCGCCUGAUCUGACUCCUCACAUAAAAAAUGUGGAAAGUCGAUUUAUUGUCGACAAAGACACUGACAAUCUGUUGCCGGUAGAAGGGAAGGAUGAUGUCUAUGAUGAGGUCAUGGCAGAAAUCACGGAGCUUGAGGAGACGCUCGACUCUCAACUGAGAAAGUUCGAAAAGAAACUAGGCAUUACAUUAACAUGGUGGCACAGCGCACAGGGCAAUAAGGAAAUAUAUUUAGUACAAACUAAGGUCGGUCAAAAGAACAUUCCAGAUGACUGGACCAAAAGUGGAGGGACUAAGGCUGCGGCGCGCUGGCUUGUGCCUUCCCUUCAAUCCACUAUUCGCAAGCUCAAAGAAGCCCGAGAGAAUCGGAACACGGCCAUCAAGGAGUUCAAGAAUCGCCUUUACGCCGAAUUUGACGCUGAUCGAGGAGUGUGGUUGCGAGCUGUCCGGGUCCUUGCUGAGCUAGAUUGUCUGUUCAGUCUGGCCAAAUCAUCCCGUGCACUUGGGGAACCGUUAUGUAGGCCAGAAUUUGUUGAGGGCGAUGCGGCUUGGAUAGACUUCAAGGAGCUUCGACACCCGGCACUUUCGGGAUUGCGUGAAGAUUUCAUUCCGAACGAUGUUCGCCUGGGAGGGGAAAUGAGCAGAGUCGCCUUACUAACUGUGGCUAUGCGUAUGACGGCUACUGGCGUGAUCAUGGCUCAACUUGGCAUGUUCGUUCCCGCCAAGUCUGCUCGGUUGUGUCCGGUGGAUACUAUCCUGACUCGAAUGGGAGCAUAUGACAAUAUGUUCUCAAAUGCCAGCACGUUCAAAGUUGAGCUAGAUGAAUGCUGCAAGAUUUUGCGCGAUGCGACACCAAAGUCCUUCGUUAUUUUGGACGAGUUGGGAAGAGGUACUUCAACAUAUGAUGGCAUGGCUAUAGCUGGAGCUGUCCUUCACCAACUUGCUACACAUACUCUACCCCUAGCCUUUUUUGCAACUCACUAUGGGACGCUUACUAGUGAUUUUGCAUAUCAUCCUAACGUAAGGAACAUGCACAUGGCCACUCUGCUCGAUGACGAAAAAUGCGAGCUUGUAUUUCUGUACAAACUUGUAGAAGGCAUUGCAGAGUCAUCUUUCGGCACUCACGUCGCUAGUCUUGCUGGAGUGCCGACAGAAGUUGUCAAGCGCGCCGAAGUUGUGUCUGAAGACUUUGCGAAGAAAUUCAAGGCUAGAUUGGAGGGUAAACAGAAAGCAUCUGCCUCGCUGAGGCUACCACACGUUGUCCAGGCAGAUUUCGUUUACCUUCUUAACUUGGCUUCUGGGAAGGAAAGGAUCCCAGAUGAUGCCUUCAUGCAAAGGCAGCUAUUGAAGGGGCUGAAAGAUUCUGUGAGUCGGUGCGUUAGUUCCUAA